AUGGCUAGUAGUAGCCGACCUUCAUCCCCACCGGGAGACCCUGUCGGCGUCGCUAUGCCUCGGUCAAGCCUUCGCCGGGACUCCCUCCGGAGCAGUGUGAGCGUGGUAUCUGAUGUGGAAAUGGCUCGACACGAGGUUUUCGAUGGCCCUAUCUCAGAAAGCAUUCCAUCCAGCGUGGUGUCGUUCGCACACCGUCGCGACCGAGCAGGCUCGACUGUCAGCUUCACCUAUUUCCAGGACGGAGAAGACUUUGCAGAAUGGUCACAAGAGGAUGCGGUGGAGGAUGGGGCGGAGCAUAUGGACUCAGCAAUUGACGACGAGUCAAUUGACGGGCUUACCGAGGCCGAAGUCGAGUCCAGAAGGGCUUCUUUUGUUUCCAAGAGACUCUCCCAUUCGCGGGACUCGGCAGAGCAUCCUCUCCUCUCACGAUACCUCUCUGCGAGCUCAUAUGAUCGUGACCGGAGGUCUGGCAGCCGACUAAAUCAGAAAGUAUACAUUACAUCAGAGGACCUUACAGUGGUCUUUGCAGGUUUUUCAACCAGUGCAUGGGGAUUUUCUCUUUACAUAGCUCUGUGCAUAUUGACCGGCGGCUUUGCUUAUCUUCUAUUCCGCUGGCUACCACGCUGGCGAGUGAAGUUGAUUGGGAAAGCCGCUCCUAUAGGAAGAUGUCAAUGGAUUGCUGUUGAGGAUCAAUGGAAUCAAUUUUCGAUCCAUCAAGUCAACAGUCAGUCGUAUGGACGUCCACUAUCUACCGUCUUUGUGGACAGCUCCGGGCAGGUCUACGACGAAGAUCGUGAUCCGACUGUACAGAAUUUGCGCUACCUUGACUACAGAUAUCUCCGAUUUUUCUACCAUCCCAUUGAUGAUAAAUUUGGUUUGAUCAAUGGUUGGAAAGACCCCACCUGGAUAAAUGCAAAGGCCAUGCGCGCAGGACUUGAUGCCGAUGAACGGGACAGUAGAGAACAAAUUUUUGGACAAAAUGUUAUCGAUAUUCAGCAAAAGACUAUCAUCCAACUGCUCCUCGACGAGGCAUUUCACCCCUUCUAUAUGUUUCAAGUUGCCAGCCUUGUUCUAUGGUCCAUGGAUGAAUAUUACUACUAUGCCGUGUGCAUUUUCCUCAUUUCGGUUUUCAGUAUUGCCACCACUGUGUUUGAGACCAAAUCGACAAUGAGUAGACUACGAGAGAUAUCUCUAUUUGACUGUGACGUGCGCGUGCUCAAGAAUGGAUUCUGGCGAUCGGUUUCUUCGCAUGAAUUAGUGCCCGGAGAUGUGUUUGAAUUCUCCGACCCAUCAUUGAAUCUCGUUCCCUGCGAUUCUAUCUUGUUAUCAGGUGAUUGCAUUGUGAACGAGAGCAUGCUGACUGGCGAAUCCGUGCCCGUUUCUAAAAUUCCAUUUGUGGAUGAAGCUUUACCUUACCUCGACCUUAGUGCCCCAUCUAUUCAUGCCAAUGUCGCAAGACAUUUCCUAUUCAGUGGAACCAAAAUUAUUCGUGCUCGGCGGCCUCAACAUGUGGAUGAAGACGAAGCGGUUGCAUUGGCUGUCGUCGUGAGGACUGGGUUUUCUACUACCAAGGGCGCAUUGGUCCGUUCAAUGCUAUUUCCCAAGCCCUCAGGCUUCAAGUUUUACCGCGACUCCUUCCGCUAUAUUGCCGUCAUGGGCAUGGUCGCACUCUGUGGUUUUGUGGCUUCGUUCAUUAAUUUUGUUCGCCUAGGCCUUGCUUGGCAUCUUAUCAUCGUCCGUGCUCUCGAUUUGAUUACAAUUGUCGUCCCUCCCGCUCUCCCAGCAACUCUCACGAUUGGCACCAAUUUUGCCCUUUCUCGGCUUAAAAAGCAAACUAUUUUCUGCAUUAGCCCACAGAAAGUCAACGUGGGAGGAAAGCUCGAUGUCGUGUGUUUUGACAAAACAGGAACUCUCACAGAAGAUGGAUUAGAUGUACUGGGUGCAAGGGCUGUAAGCAAUAACCAGAGGUUUUCUGAAUUGCUUUCUCAAACUUCUGCGGGAUUUCUGCUGCCAGCUCCAGAGGCAAACUCAUCAUACGACCUGGAGAAACAGCGGAAGAUAAUAUAUACGAUGGCAACUUGUCACUCCCUAAGGGUUGUAGACGGGGAACUGCUUGGAGAUCCUCUUGAUGUGAAGAUGUUUCAGUUCACGGGUUGGUCGUAUGAAGAAGGCGGUGGUCAUGCCACUGAGCAGACUAGCCCAAAGUUUGAUAACAUCCUCCCAUCUGUUGCAAGGCCACCUGUGAUAAAGGUGGGAGAUGACCAGGAAAAUAUGCCUAUUGAACUUGGUAUCAUACGGAGUUUCGAGUUUGUGUCUCAGCUUCGCCGCGCAAGUGUUAUUGUUCGGCAGUUUCAGGAUAACGGGGCAAGCUUCUUUGUAAAGGGUGCCCCUGAGAGUAUUAAGGAUAUUUGUAUCCCUGGAUCCUUGCCUUUGGACUAUGAUGAACUUUUGAACCACUACACACACAAGGGAUACCGAGUGAUUGCCUGUGCUACGAAGCAUGAGCGGAAGUUGAGUUGGAUGAAAGCCCAGAAACUAACUCGGACUGAGGCGGAAACAAAUCUUGACUUCCUAGGAUUUAUUAUUUUUGAAAACAAGCUUAAACCCAGCACGACUGAUGCGAUCUUGGAAUUGAACAAAGCUGGAAUCCGCAACGUCAUGUGCACAGGUGACAACAUCUUGACAGCAGUCAGUGUUGCUAGGGAGUGCCACAUGAUCGGUGUAGAUGAGGAAUGUUUUAUCCCCCAUCUUGUUGAAGACCUUGGCCUUAUUUCCAAGACUUCUCUUAUAUGGGAAAGUUCGGAUAACCCUGACCUUAGAUUGGACCCAAGAACUCUGAAGCCCCUCCAUGAUCCAAUGGAUAACGAUGUAUCUAUUCCGGGAAACGCCCUGCAGGAACGGAAAUACUGUCUUGCUGUCACGGGUGAUGUUUUCCGGUGGAUGAUCGACUAUGGUAAUGAGGAUGCGUUGAAAAGGGUUCUUGUGGUUGGCAAAGUCUUCGCUCGAAUGUCCCCAGACGAGAAGCAUGAGUUGGUUGAAAAGCUCCAAUCAAUCGACUACUGCUGUGGAUUCUGUGGAGACGGUGCCAAUGACUGUGGUGCUUUGAAGGCUGCCGAUGUUGGUAUUUCUCUAUCUGACGCCGAGGCAUCUGUUGCAGCUCCCUUCACAAGCCGGAUGUUUGAGAUUUCUUGCGUCCCUAAGUUGAUUCGUGAGGGCCGGGCUGCACUGGUCACAAGUUUUUGCUGCUUUAAGUUCAUGAGUCUUUACUCUGCUAUCCAGUUCUCGACCGUCAGCUUUCUUUACACUUCUGGAUCCAACCUUGGUGACUUCCAGUUCCUUUACAUUGAUCUGGCUCUCAUAAUGCCAAUUGCUAUUUUCAUGGGUUGGACGGCUCCAUACCCUACUCUUUCCCGGAAACGGCCCACGGCAGAUCUCGUGUCGCGAAAAGUCUUGACUCCUCUUCUGGGUCAAAUUGCGAUAGUGGUCAUCGGCCAACUUGUGAUUUUCAAGACCGUUCAGACCCAGCCUUGGUUCCUCCCUCCCCAGCUUGAUUUGGAGAAGAGUAACAUCGUAAACUCUGAAAAUACUGCAUUGUUUCUGUUUUCAUGCUUGCAGUACAUACUGAUCAGCAUUGUUCUGAGCGUUGGACCGCCCUUCCGGCAACCGAUGACACUGAACGUGCCAUAUGUAUGUACAAUCAUCAUCGAUUUAUCACUUGCGGCUUGGAUGCUCUUCCGACCAUCAGAGUGGGUCAAGAGCAUUAUGCAAUUGACUUGGAUGUCGGAUACCUACAGAGGUUGUGCUUUGGGAUUUGCCAUUGGGAUGUUCGCACUCUCCUGGAUAUCGGAGACAGCUGUAUCUCCAAAGCUAGCGCGCAUCCUGGGACAUGCUAGGACACGGCUGCAACCAAACUACCGCAAGAAGCGUCGCCAGUACAAAGUUCUUUUGGAGGAGAUGGGGUUGUGA